AUGGCAGAUGAUGAACAAGAUCCAAAAGAAUACCGUUGGGAAACAGGUUACGAAAAAACUUGGGAGGCCAUCAAAGAAGAUGAAGAUGGAUUGGUUGAGGGACUGGUGGCUGAGUUCGCGCAGAAAGCUGCACGAAAAGCUGUAACUCUUCGAAGAGGACCCGUUCGUCUCGGCAUGAUGCGACAUUUGCUUGUAGCUAUAGAUUGCUCAGAACCUAUGAAUUGCCAAGACUUAAAACCUACAAGAUUCUUAUGUACUCUUAAGUUAUUAGAAAAGUUUGUAGAAGAAUUCUUUGAUCAGAACCCAUUGAGUCAGCUGGGUUUACUGGCAAUAAAGAAUAAAAGGGCUGAAAAAAUUACAGAACUGUCUGGCAAUGUUAGAAAACAUAUAAAAGCAGUACAAAGUUUAACAAAUUUAGUAUUGGCGGGGGAACCUUCAUUGCAAAACACAUUAGAACUUGCUGGUAGGAUAUUGAAACCUCUCCCUGGUCAUGCAUCAAGAGAACUUUUAGUAUUAUUUGGCUCACUCACAACUUGUGACCCUGGAGAUAUUAAUACUACUAUACAGACCUUAAAGACUGAUGGAGUAAGAUGUUCUGUGAUUGGUCUAGCAGCAGAAGUUAGAAUAUGUAAGAAGUUAUGUCAAGAUACUGGUGGUGAAUAUGGGGUGGUGCUAGACGAUGUACACUACAGGUCGCUAUUGUUAGAGCAGACGUCGCCCCCGGCGCGGGCUCGUGCUCUCGAAGCGGGUCUCGUCAAAAUGGGAUUCCCCCACACACCUCAAGCCACACAGCCAGAUGCAGAUCCGCCUAUCACUGUGUGUAUGUGUCACUUAGAAGAGGGCGAGGGUGUAGGUGGCGAGGGCCACCUGUGCCCGCAGUGCCGCAGCAAGUACUGCUCGCUGCCGGCGCAGUGCCGCACCUGCGGCCUCACGCUUGCCUCCGCGCCGCAUCUCGCGAGAUCGUAUCAUCAUUUGUUCCCUGUGGACCCGUAUGAGGAAAUAAACAACGAAGGUCAAGCACAGUUUUGUUUUGCAUGCUUGAGAUCGUUCACUGAUCUUGAUAAACAGAUAUUCCGGUGCACGCGUUGCACGGAGUGCUACUGCUGGGAGUGCUCGGGCGUGGUGGCGGGCACGCUGCACGUGUGCCCCGGCUGCGCCUCGCGCCCGCACCUCUACCAGCGGCUGCCCGACGCCUCG